CAGCAGUCGGGGCUGCCGUGGUGGUGGUGGUGGUGGUGUCGGCGGCGGAGGGGGCGCUGCUGGGUCCGGCGGGGCCGCGGAGGGUGACACGAGACAGCCGGACCAAGAAACCCCAAGACCACACCACAAGUCCUGACUGCUGAGAACUCCCUUUCCUAUCUGCUUCAGGCCUGCACCAAGGAACCAUUUCAGCAGAAGCGUCAACUUCAUCUACAUCUUGCUGCUUAGAGUGGACAUUGAGAAAGCCUGAACUUCUCCAUCUGUUGUUGCUCCAAAUCUUCUCUUCUCUUCCUGUCCUCUGGCAUCACCUGUGCUGCAGAAGUAUGCUACUACCAUAAAGAGCCACUGUGGAAACUGAAGAACUGGAGAGGACAGUGCAGAGGUUCAGAGGCACACUGUGUUGGUGGGAGUCAUUCCACAGCAGCCACAUUGCUUCUGGGGGAUGCCUGGCUGGGAGGUGUUUUCAGCUAUUUGUGCCAACGACCGCACGCUGCAGGACAGGGAAGUUAAUCUGGAGCAAAGCAAAGUUCUGCUGCAAAGUGAUGCUGCGCUGCAGUGCACCCUGUAGUGGAGGGCUCACCCAAAGGUCCUGAGCAAGGCAGGGGUCCGGCUCCCACCCCCUGUUCUUGCACCCUGACCUGUGGCACUUUACAGUCCCCCUCCUGCUACAGCUGCAUGUGCUGUUCUGACUCCGGCUCUGCUCGGAGUCCAGGCAAAUAAGGCUUCAUGCGGCACAUCCACGCGGAGACGUCCCUGCCCCCGGAGCACAGCACGGACCCCAGCCUGUCCCGGCCCAGUGGAGAGGCACCCUUGGAGCCUUCCUCGCAGUGCUGCACCCACCGCAGCAUCCUCAUGGGGUACAAUGAGACAGAGAUCACACGCCAGAAGGUUUACCAGGUCUCCAUCUUCUCCCAUCUCUCCAGCUCCUCUGAGAACAUGGAGCAGCGGGCAGGCAGCCGGCCAGCUGUCAAGAGGGCUUACCCCGAGCAGCGAACUCCAGAGGCGCGGCGAGAUCCCAAACGAACUCACUGGGGUGGUGGGGUGGUGGAUGGCAAGCACGAUGGGAGCCCUGGGCAGGCUUCCUUGGAUGAUGAUGAUGAUGAUGACACCUUUGAGGAUGGUCUGCUGGUGGAGGAGCUAUCCCUGAGCGGCUCUGCCCAGCACUUCUCCCACAGCGGGCUGCGGGUGGUGGAACACCGCUGUGAGGGCAGCCCUAGCCAGAGCCCCAAGGCCAGCAAAGAGGUCAAGCUGCAGGAUGUCUCCUCCUCCUCCCGGCCCCAGCACAUUGCUUGCAGUACUUUGCACAUGAGAGAUAGUUGCCGUGUCUCAUCGGGGGAUCAGCCCAUAGACUAUGGGGAGAAUGGGGAGCAGGCAAGUGGCUACAACUUACUACCCUUUGAUUUGCACAAUAUUGCACAAACAGCCCGGUUGGACUCUGGUAGGAAGAGAGAGAAGCCAGGAACCAGCCCAGCUCACAGCAGCUGGGCUAGCAGAGAAGAGGAAUGGCCAGUGGUGGCCAACAGGUGCAAGGAUUCCCCAACUCUGCAGACAGCGCUCAGCUCUGGGCCCAGCAACCUGAGCUCACCAGGAAAGACGCCCUUCAGGAGCUGCCAGCUCAGCAGCAGCAGCUGCACAGCCGAAAAGAAGCUGCUGUCCACUGGCGAGGUUGUGGCUGCCUCCUGCUCUGAGGAUGAGAGUCUGUCCCCGCUGGCAAAGAAGAAGAGGGUCCUGCCUUGCCAUCCGGUGCCCACGACCUGCCGCAGCACUGAUGCCAAAGGGGCCCCUUUCUGGAAUCACCUGCUUCCUGCAGCCAAGAGCUCUGUGGAUUGUGCUGCGAUCAGGAAGAGGCUGAAGAGCGGGCUGUGCCUCAAAUUGGAACACCUCCGCAACAGCCUCCAGAGGGGCAGCAGGUGCUCCACAGUACCCUGGGCCACCACCACUGUCAGCCAUGCUCUGCUGGGCAACUUUGAGGAAUCCAUCCUGAAAGGCCGCUUUGCACCAUCGGGGAGGAUUGAGGGGUUCACGGCAGAGAUCGGCGCCAGUGGCUCCUACUGCCCCCAGCACGCCACCCUGCCCGUUGACGUCACCUACUUUGACAUCUCCGAACACAGCGCGCCCUCGCCUUUCCUGGGAGUGAUUGACUUGGAGGCCUUGGGAAAGAAGGGUUAUAAUGUCCCCAAAGCUGGAACCAUCCAAGUGACCUUAUUUAACCCCAACAAGACUGUGGUGAAGAUGUUCUUGGUGACGUACGACUUCCAGGACAUGCCAGCCAACCACAUGACCUUCUUACGCCAUCGCAUCUUCCUGGUGCCUGUGGGGGAGGAGGAAUGGGCAACCACGGCCCCCAGCAACCCACCGGGCACUGGCCCACCCCGCAGGGUCCUCUGCUACCUGAUGCACCUAAGGUUUCACAGCUCCAAGUCGGGGAAGAUCUACCUUCACAACAACAUCCGGCUGCUUUUCUCUCGCAAGUCAAUUGAGGUUGACUCGGGGAUCCCCUAUGAACUGAAAUCCUUCACAGAGAUGCCGAGAAACCCCUGUUACUCGCCCUCGGCCUGACCACCUCCAUCCCCCAGGGCCACC